UAAAUAUAUUAAAAUAUAAAUAUAUUAAAUAUAUAUUAAAAUAUAUUAAAUAUAUAUUAAAAUAUUCAAAAUAAUAUAAUAUAAAAAUAAUAUAAUUAUAAUAUAUAAUAAAAAAAAAAAAAUGAAAUAACAGGUACAAAUAUUAAAUCGAGGUGCCCAUUCUAUGACAAUUCUCAACAGCUUACCCUCCAUUUUUGUGCCUUUAGUAGGCUUAGUAUUUCCGGCAAUUGCGAUGGCUUCCUUAUCUCUUCAUGUUCAAAAACAAGAUUUUUAGAUCCAAUUAGGUCUAACGGGGUAGAUUUCAUUUCUUUUUUUUUCAAGACUUAGACUUGGAUCAUAAUAUAAUACAGAUAUAAUACGGAUAUCUCUUUAGUUUAGUAUAAUAUGAUAUAACAUACGAGCAGCUCCCUUCAAACGUAAAUGAAAAUGAAAGGGUUCUUAUGCAGACGUAAAUAUGAUAUAUGAUAUAUAAGUAAAUGGACUAUUUGAAAAUAAAUCGAAACUGUGGCGGAUGCCUGAAAGAAAUGCAAAGCAAAGCUGAUAUUUUUAUAUAUGUGCAGAUAGGGGAUCCUAUGGGGGGGCUGAGCUCUCUUUUUUUUAAUCUAACGAAUUCGAUGAAUUCCUCCUAAAGAUUCACACCAGAAUAAUCCGAGUUGAUGAAAGUUACUUCGGAAACAAAAAAAAAAGAAAGUCAAAUUCAUUUGGGCUAGUCUCCCGCUUCAAAUAAAAAACAACUGGAUCUAGUAUGAGUUGGCGAUCAGAACGUAUAUGGAUAGAACUUAUAGCGGGGUCUCGCAAAACAAGUAAUUUCUGCUGGGCCUUUAUACUUUUUUUAGGUUCAUUGGGAUUUUUAUUGGUUGGAAUUUCCAGUUAUCUUGGCAGAAAUUGGAUAUCUUUAUUUCCGUCUCAGCAAAUAAUUUUUUUUCCACAAGGGAUCGUGAUGUCUUUCUAUGGGAUCGCCGGUCUAUUUAUUAGUUCUUAUUUGUGGUGCACAAUUUUGUGGAAUGUAGGUAGUGGUUAUGAUCGAUUCGAUAGAAAAGAAGGAAUAGUGUGUAUUUUUCGCUGGGGAUUCCCUGGAAAAAAUCGUCGCAUCUUCCUCCGAUUCCUUAUGAAGGAUAUUCAGUCUAUUAGAAUAGAAGUGAAAGAGGGUAUUUUUGCUCGGCGUGUCCUUUAUAUGGAAACCAGAGGCCGAGGGUCCAUUCCUUUGACUCGUACUGAUGAGAAUUUGACUCCACGAGAGAUUGAGCAAAAGGUAGCGGAAUUGGCCUAUUUUUUGCGUGUACCAAUUGAAGUAUUUUGAAAUGAGCUGAAGAAUGAACAUUUUCUUAACAGGAACGGAAAAAUCCAAGAGUCUUCGUUUUUUAUAGUUAUAGCAUAACUUAACUGAAAUUUCACAAUACAAUAUUGAUGAACCAAAGAAGACAUAUAUUAUAUAUAUAUAUACGGAUAUAUACGGAACAAUUCUAAAAUAAAAUCAAACCUUUUUAUGCGUAUCUAAAUUCAAUUUCAAUAUUCAAUAAAUUUAGUAACAAAACAAGUAAUAAAUCGAAAUAAUAGACCCAUCUCAUAGAUCAAAACAAAGCAUUUCGGAAUAAAAUAUAGAAUAAAGAAAUUCUCUUUUAAUUUUGAAUUUUCAAUAUUUGAAUCAAUAUUUGAAAUUGAUACAUUAGAUAUGGAUAGAUCGUAUCUUGUAAAUUAUCUUUCCUUUCUCGACGUUUCUUGUUAUCUUUCUUUUUGUCCUCCCUAAUGAACAAAGGGCUGGACCACCUAGAAUGAUAACUUUUCUGUCUUAUUUUGCUUUUGCCACUCAUUUUUGAUUAUCACAUCACAAUAUUCUUCAAAAAUCUUUCUAAAUUAUUCCUGUGGAAUAUGGGUAAGUUGGCCAUUUUUUUUUUUCGAAAUAUUUGUUUUGUUGAUAGAACGGAAUUCUUUCAUCUAGAAAUCCGAAUUUGAGCAAUUAAGAUACUUAGAAACAAUAUUUUUUUUGUAUUCUUUCAAAAUUCAAGGACUAACCGCUGACUCACAAAUAAAAAUAGGGAAUAGAUUCAUAAGUUCAAAGCCUCAUAAUAGAACUUAUGCUUGAUAAAAAUAUUAGAUCAUAUGGAGGUGGGUUCAUUAAAAAUUCACAGACGAAAAAAUGAAAAAAAAAA